AUGUAUUGUGCACAGUGGUUAAUCCCAGUCUUACUGAUACCCAAGCACUGGCUGCAUCCCCUCUUCUUGGUUGAACAAGCCCUGUUCAUGUGGUUCUACAUCAUUGCGUUUUUCCUGGAACGCAGACCAUGCCACAUAUGUUCGGCCAUAUUCUUCAUAGCGCUCGGUCUGCUUUGCUGGACUGAUCCAGACACAUGCAUAUUCUGGCCGACUUGCGACCGCAAGCUUAAUGGAGAGGUUUGCUCAUAUGUAUAUAAGAAUGAACUCGCUGGUCGAAUAUAA